AUGUCAGCUUUUGAAGGAAAGAGCAAUUUGGACGAACUAUUUAUCACCAAUAGGCUCAACAGCCCGAAUGGCUCGAACCCAUCCAUACCCACGAGCCGACUCGAAAGACUUAUAAGAGAACGUGAGCUGAGAAGAUCCAACAGGUCUUUCUACUUGAACGAGGAAUCGAGAGAAAGUAAUGGUGAUUUGGACUUAUUCGGGAACAUAAACGAACUGCAACUACGUAAUGGCGAGAGGGGUUUCCAAGAUGAAGAUUUACUAUCUGAAGGGAAUAAUAAUGCUUUAGCAAAUAAUUCGGUUGAUGUGUGGGAAAAACAGGACACUCAGGUACAGAAGCAGAGGUUACUCGUCGUGGCUAACCGUUUACCUGUUUCGGCUAUCAGGAAGAGUGAAGACUCGUGGUCGCUCGAGAUUAGUGUUGGAGGUUUAGUUAGCGCACUUUUGGGUAUCAAUGAGUUUGAAGCUAGAUGGAUUGGAUGGGCUGGCGUGAAUGUUCCUGAUGAAAUCGGACAGAGGACACUAACCGAAGCUCUAGCUGAAAAGAGGUGUAUUCCCGUAUUCCUAGAUGAAGAGAUUGUCCACCAAUACUACAAUGGCUACUGUAACAACAUACUUUGGCCUCUUUUUCACUACCUCGGCCUCCCCCAAGAGGAUCGGCUGGCUACAACUCGAAGCUUCCAAUCUCAGUUUGCAGCUUAUAAGCAAGCCAACCAAAUGUUUGCUGACGUGGUAAACGAGCACUACAAAGAAGGUGAUGUGGUUUGGUGCCACGAUUAUCAUCUCAUGUUCCUACCCAAAUGCCUCAAAGAUCACAACUCGAAGAUGAAAGUCGGCUGGUUUCUCCACACACCUUUCCCAUCCUCCGAGAUACACCGAACUCUUCCCUCGAGAACCGAGCUUUUGAGAUCGGUUCUUGCUGCAGAUUUAGUCGGAUUCCACACUUAUGACUAUGCAAGGCAUUUCGUAAGUGCGUGUACUCGUAUUCUGGGGCUCGAGGGUACGCCGGAUGGUGUGGAGGAUCAUGGGAAGCUGACUCGUGUGGCUGCGUUUCCAAUCGGUAUAGAUUCAGAACGUUUUAUUCGGGCUCUCGAUCUUCCACAAGUGAAAGAUCACAUUAGAGAGUUGAAAGAGAGAUUUGCAGGGAGGAAGGUAAUGGUUGGGGUUGAUCGUCUUGAUAUGAUCAAGGGAAUACCGCAAAAGAUUUUGGCUUUCGAAAAAUUCCUUGAAGAAAAUCCCAUUUGGCGUGACAAAGUAGUAUUAGUGCAAAUUGCUGUGCCAACUAGGACUGAUGUUCCCGAGUAUCAAAAGUUGUCAUCCCAAGUUCAUGAAAUUGUUGGAAGGAUCAAUGGGAGAUUCGGAAGCCUUACGGCUGUUCCAAUACAUCAUUUGGACAGGUCCCUUGAUUUUCAUGCAUUAUGUGCGCUAUAUGCUGUCACCGAUGUGGCUCUGGUUACAUCAUUAAGGGAUGGAAUGAAUCUCGUGAGCUAUGAAUUCGUGGCAUGCCAAGCUUUUAAAAAAGGGGUCCUCAUUCUAAGUGAGUUUGCAGGUGCAGCACAAUCUCUCGGUGCAGGGGCAAUAUUGGUAAAUCCUUGGAAUGUUACAGAAGUAGCUGCCUCGAUCGGUUAUGCUCUGACUAUGCCAGCCGAGGAGAGAGAAAAACGACACCAGCACAAUUUCACACACGUUACUACUCACACAUCCCAAGAAUGGGCCGAGACUUUCGUAAGUGAGCUCAAUGACACUGUUGUGGAGGCUCAGCUAAGGACUCGGCAAAUUCCACCUCCACUUCCUAAACAAGAAGCAAUCGAGCGUUAUUUGUGUUCAAAUAAUCGCUUACUUAUUCUGGGAUUUAAUGCAACUCUAACCGGGCCCGUUGACACACAAGAGAGAAGAAUCGAUCAAUUCAAAGAAAUGGAUCUUAAAUUACAUCCCGAUCUUAAAGAACCUCUAAAGAAAUUGUGUGACGACCCAAAAACCACGAUCAUCAUCCUUAGUGGCAGUGAUAGAAAUGUUCUCGAUGAGAACUUUGGAGAGUAUAAUCUGUGGUUAGCGGCAGAGCACGGGAUGUUCCUUCGCCGCACAACGGGUAAUUGGAUGACCACAAUGCCUGAGAAUCUCAAUAUGGAUUGGGUCGACAGUGUAAAGCAUGUGUUUGAGUACUUUACCGAGCGGACCCCACGAUCUCAUUUUGAGCUUCGCGAGACCUCACUCGUUUGGAACUACAAGUAUGCAGAUGUUGAGUUUGGGAAGCUUCAAUCGAAGGAUCUGCUACAGCACCUGUGGACUGGCCCAAUUUCGAAUGCUUCUGUUGAUGUCGUACAAGGAGCACGAUCGGUUGAAGUCCGAGCAGUUGGAGUUACCAAAGGUGCUGCAAUCGACAGAAUCCUAGGAGAAAUUGUUCACCACUGCGAUGUGAAAGCUCCGAUUGAUUAUGUUUUGUGCAUAGGGCAUUUUCUAACUAAGGAUGAAGACAUAUACACAUUCUUCGAGCCAGAGCUUCCUAUGGGCCCACCAGCACCCACUGCUAGAGCCAAGGUAGCAAACUCUCCAAACAGAUCCACCGCGAACCCAACUGGGCUUGGCCCAUGCCGCAAGGCUCCUCGCAUGACCCAAAGCCUGGAUAGGAAGCCCAAUAGUAGUACUGUUGUGGGAAAUGGGAACUGGUGGUCUCAGAUGCGCGAGAGGAUGACAAUGCACGAAGGGUCUUCGGUUCUUGACCUAAAAGGGGAGAACUACUUUUCGUGCGCAGUCGGAAGAAAACGGUCGAGCGCAAGGUAUCUCAUGGGCUCGUCGGCUGAUGUUCUGUCGUUAUUGAAGGAGCUUGCUAGUGUCAGCAUUUAG